UUUUACGUUGCCACAGUUUCACUUUGCGGGCGCGUGCCUUAUGCGCGCUCACGUUGGCUGGCUGGCUAUUGUUUUUUUUUUUCUCCCCCAUAUCAACAAGGGAGACCACCGUGGCCUUGUGGGGUAACUGUAGCCGGCCAGCUCAGCGACAAAGGACUGCUAAAUGAUGGGGGACGAACAAGAAAUAAUGUGCAAACUGGAGAAUAUCCUGGAAAUACGCAACAAGACAGUCCAGAUGCAAAAGAUCAAGUCUCGUCUGAAGAUGGAAUUCGAGGCCCUGGAGUCGGAAGAGAAACACCUGAAAGAGUACAAACAAGAGAUGGAUCUGCUUUUACAAGAGAAGAUGGCACAUGUAGAGGAGCUGCGCCUUAUCCAUGCAGAUAUUAAUGUGAUGGAGAGCACCAUCAAGCAGUCAGAGAAUGACCUGAACAAACUAUUAGAAACAACUCGUCGCCUUCAUGAUGAGUACAAACCUCUGAAGGAGCAUGUUGAUGCCCUCAGGAUGACUUUAGGACUGCACCGUCUGCCUAAUUUGAAUGAAGAAGAGGAGAAGCUCUCUUUGGAUUACUUUGAGAAGCAGAAAGCAGAGUGGCAGAAGGAGCCGCACGAGCCCGCCAUCCCAGAAUCCCUCGCUGCGGCGGCGGCGGCGGCGCAGCAGCUCCAGGUGUCCAGAAAGCAGGACGCCCGGCAGACGGCCACCUUCAGGCAGCAGCCCCCGCCUAUGAAGGCUUGCCUGUCCUGCCACCAGCAGAUUCAUCGUAAUGCUCCCAUCUGUCCGUUAUGCAAAGCCAAGAGCCGCUCCCGCAACCCAAAGAAGCCCAAGAGGAAGCCAGAUGAGUAGAUCCUACCCUAACCUUCAGCUUCAGUGGCGCCUACAAGCAGCCAGCCCAAAAUCCACUGAUCCAGGAUUAGCUGUUUCUCUCUAGUGACAAGGUCUGCGUUUCAGGACAAUUUCCUCUGAAGUCUCCACUUUAAUAAAUUGUCUUUGUAAUUGUUUCAAAUCUGUUAACAGUUGAUUUAGCAUCCGGUGAUUUAAUUUGGUGUGUGCUUUUCUGUGUUUUGGAUGUGUUUACACGUUAUUGAAUGACCUCCAUUGUAGUUUAUUGAACCCCAAACAUUGUACAUGCAAUAAUGCAAAAAAAAAAAGUCUAAAUAAUGUUGCCCUUGUUACUGUUGUUAAUUGCCUUAGAUAUAUAUCUUUGUGAAGCUUUUUUUUGCAGUGCAUGCCUGCUGCCAUGGCUGUUGUAUAUUAUUUGUGCCUAUAUAAAAUGAAGUGCUUUUAACCGCUUAGUUAACCCCAUAGACGAUGUUUUUAUGUUUACAGUGUUUAGUGACCACCCAAAAAAAGAGGGGCCAGUGUUUUGUGUUUAACUUCGACAUGGCAAUGAAAAAAAGAAAUAAAGUUGCUGUUUUGUACUAACCUCGUUAGCAGAUUUUCUUUCUCCUCAGGACGAGCAGUUGACUCUUUUCUCUGCAACGUAGUGGUUUGCUCACAAACAGAUGAACCGCCCGAAGGGGGCAAAUGGGAGGACUUGGCCUUUGAAAAUAAAUAAAGGAGGACCAUGUUUGACUCCACCACCAUCAUUCUACCUUCCACUCUAUUGAUACUGUGAUAUACUGACUCCUCUGCAACUACCUGCCUCCAAGAGGACAGUUAGGAUUUGUUAAAUGAGUUCCUGUAGCGUUUUU